AUGCCUACCGAUCUCGAACAAGCCACUGGUCUAGAACGUUUGGAAAUUCUGGGCAAGAUGCAGGGCAUUGAUAUCUUUGACAUGAGACCACUACCAGCGGAUAGAAUUGGUGAUGAACUACAAUGUGGUUGCACCGGUGUUCCCGCUGAUUCUCACCACGUUCGAUGGCUUGUUGUCUCGAAAUCACGACCAUAUGAGCGAUGUGACGAGUGCGGUAGUGUCUACAAGAUGCAAUAUGUUGGACCACCCGACGACCCACACCACCACCAUCACGGUUACGAAGAGCCAAAAACCAUGGCAGACUACGUCAAGUCCGAUUACUGGUAUCGAUGA